AACCGCCAAAUCGAACGGAGAACGAAGUUCAAGCAAGGAUAUCAGGCAUGAGCCAGCAUGGAUAUACCGGAUACUGUAUCUGUGCGAAAGUUUCACGAGUUCAGCUCGCGGCAAAAGCACGAGCUAUAUGAAACGCUGCUGGAGCUCGCCGAUACGCUCGAGGAGUUGCCCAAGAGAUCAUUGCGCAAGACCUUGGAGUUAACCUUGGCCGUCUUGGAGUACAAGGGUCAGGUGGCGCAGCGAUUCGAGCAGAGCGGUGAGCGACGUCUCCAGGAUGAGAACGAGAAGCUGAAGCGCAUGGUGCAAAAGCUGGAGGAUGAACGAGAUGGACUCAAGCACAAGAUCAAGGAGUUGGGUGAGGAGAUUAAGCAGCAGCAGCUGCAGCUGCGACAGGCAGCACAGCAGGCCGAGGCCAGCGACAAGGACUCGUCGGAUCCGCUGUCCGAGCUGGACAAACAGGAGCAGAUGCUGCACAGCAUCGAUACAAAAAACAAGCACAUUAAACGACUACUCCGGGAAAUUGAAACGCUGCAAAACCAAAAUAUUGCCCAGUCAAAGACAAUAGUGACGCACGAGCAGGAACUGCAUGAAAUCAAAUCCAAACUGCUGGAGAUCACCAAGGAGCUAACCAAGUUCGAACAGGAACGCAAAUCGCUGAAGCAGCGGGAACAACAACAGUGUUUGGAAGUCAGCCGACUGGAAGGCAAUGUAACAUUCCUGGAGGAUGAGCGCGAGAAGCAGGAUCAGGAAAUGCGCCAAUUUCUAGAGAAGUAUGAGGUUCAAGUGCUCGACUGGCAGAAGCUGCUAGAUCAAAAGGAUAAGGAGCUGGCACUGAUGAGUAAGAGAGCAGAGUUCCUGUCAGCGGGCCAGCAUACGUUGCUAUCUUCCACUUCCAGCAGUAAUCCCAGUCCCUUGAACGAAGAGCAGACCAAACUGCGACAUUUGCUGGAGUUGCGAGAGAAACGCAUUGAGGCUCUGGAAGCGAAGUUGCAAUCAAUGUCGGAUGAGAUGGUCAACUCGACGAAGGUAAUGAAUCAACUGUGCGUGCAGCACGAAAGCACACAGAAUUCUCAACAGCCACGUGCCUGCUGUCAGCUGAUCGAAGAGCGUCUACGCAGUUCCGAUGCCCGAGUCCAACAGCUAUCCGAGCUGCUCGACAGCGCCGAGCAGGAUAAUGUGCUCAAGGCCAAACAGGCAUUGCACGCCCUCAACGCUUUGGAGUCGUAUAAGCGUGGCGAGGAUGGCCUUGUGCCGGCGCUGCGUCGCUGCUCUGGCCUGGAGCAAAAGCUGGCCGAGAGGGAGAAACAGUUGCGCAGGCAUACGCAGGAGCUGAAUGCCAUGCACGAGGUGGUCCAGGAGAACGCUGUGCUGCGCAGUCGGCUCAACAUACCCGACGAUGUGGUCGUCCUCUCCAAGCAGGUGCGCGCCAAGCAGCGCAACAAGGACAAACAAAUUGAGAGACUUGUGCUCAAGUUGCGCACCUCCGAGGAGCUGCGGUUGCAGCUAAAGCUGGACAAGACCGAGCUGAGACGUAAGUUGCUGCAGCUGCAGAAUGGUCAGCCCACGCAACUGGAUGAGUCACUGCAUCAGCCCAGCGAGAUUGGCGAGGUGCCGUCCACUGCGCCGCUGGAGAAUUCGCCACGGCGUGGCCAAGGCGAUGGUGCCGCCAGCUCGGAACUGCAAACCAAAUAUGAAGAUGUGCUUGCCGAGAACGAAACACUGCGCAUGGGCAUGUAUGAGAUACUGGAGAAGCUGCGGGAAUACGAUGCAACCUCGGAACACAUCACCAUAGAUUCGGAGCUCCUGCGUCGCCUCAUCGAAGCACUGCCAGCUGGGACAGCUAUGCCACAGAAUCUGCAUGGGCAGCUGCUGGAGUUGAAGGCGCGCGAGGAGGCGCUCUGCCAGCUACUGCAGCAAAAUGCCAGCGAAUCAGAAACAGGAGAGUUAUCCUCAGUGCAAAGCAUGCGAGAUGUAUCCGAGAUGCCUGAGGAGCAGUCCGAUAUACUGGCUAUUGAUUCAGCAACACGGCCAACUACACCAAAUGAGUUGGUCGAGGGAUUGCAGUUGCCCGUCAUCGCCGAGCUGGCUGUGGAGCAGCUCAGACCUGGGUCUGCAGAGCUGGCAGAGUUGACCAUUCUCCGCAAACACUAUGAGGAACUGCGUCUGCACAUGUCCGCCGAUGGCAACGAGCUGGUACGCUGCAAUCAAGAGCUGCACGGACAGACGAUCGGUCUCGAGAAGCAGCUGCAGGAGCAGAGUAGCUCCUAUAAAUACAUGCGCUCCGAUUAUGAUCAACUGCUGACUGAGCUGAAGCGUCAGGAGCUGCGUUACAUUGAGGACACAUCGGCCUUAAGCAGACAGCUGGAACAGCACAAGUCCCAGCUGGCUGACAAGUGCGAGCAAUUGGCAACCAUCCAAAGAACGCAUCCCUGCACGGCAGAAGAACGCCAGCAGCUGGAGCAACGGAAUACGCAGCUGAGCAUGCAAUUGGCCCAGGCCACGGAGCAGCUCCUUCGCGAGUUGAAGCUGACGGAUAUAUGUGCAGAUUAUGGCAUCAUUGGUGAGAAUUAUCAGCUGGCUUAUGUGACAGCCGAGGAGUUUGAGAGACAGCGCCAGGAGCUGACCACUUGGCGCGGUCAGCAGUCGGAGCUGCAGCGGAAGAACAAGCAGUUGGAGGGCCUGUUGCAGGUGGCCAAUGGACAGAUACAGUCACAGCAGAAGCUGCUCAACGAGAUCACCGACAAUCACAUCAAUUUGCGUCACCUGGUCGCUGAUCUUCAGAGCAGCUCCAAUGACAAACUGAUGUUGGCCAAAAUGCAGCGUGACCUGGACGCGGCUAAAGCGGAAACUGUACGCUUGGAAGUGGAACGCAAGCGUCUGCAGCAGCACGUGGACAUAGUGGAGGCGCAGCUGCAGGCAGCGGAACGGCUGGCGGCACAGGCUCAACAGGACUUCCAGCAGGAACGCAGCAGCAGCGACAUUAAACAGAGAUUCCUACAGCGAUCGCUGUUCACACUCAAGGAGAAAUAUGCCAAAUUUACACCAUUGAUCUUCCUUAACAAUUUUGUGUUCGCCUAUCAAAAGUUCAAUCGACGCGUGCAGGAGCACCAGGAGUUGGAACACUCCGACGUCAAAUCCGAUCUGGUGGAGCAAGUGCUGCAAGCAGUGCAGGGAAAACUGUCACCCAACGAGGAGAACUCCCAGCAGCUGAUCAAGCUCAUCAAAUCGGAGACGCAAAUUCGACUGCUGGAACAACGCUGCGAGAGUCUGCAGGCGAAGCAGUUGCAGCUGCAACAAGAGCUGACCGAGUUGCGUGUGCAGCAUGCCACGGAAUCGGAGCACUGGCAGAUGAUUGGGGCGCUCUUCGAAGAUCAGCCCAGCCGUGGAAGUAGUAAGGAAGCAGCUGGCGUGGAUGUGGCAACCAAUACGGAGGCAGCGGUGCCAGUGCCCGCGAUGAGACGCACAGCACCACUGAUCGAUAAACAGUCAUCGCCCAUUGGAUCGCCGAGCCGGCGACUCUCCGGCCAGGAUGAGGCCACACAAACGGAGCAGGCUGCUGUGCAGCUACUGGAGACGGCAGUCCAAACCAAUGGCAGCAAAGUGCAACAGCAUCAAGAAGUGCAAACAGCGCAGGAUCUUAGUCAGGCAGAUCAGGAGCUGCAGCAAUUGAGAUCAGAACUGCAAGCAGCGAACAAGCGACUUGAGGAGCUGGGUACUCAACAGCGGGAGACGGGCAAAGCGAGCAGUGAAUCCGACAGUCAGCGUGGUGGAGUUGUGGAGCAGACCAUCCUAUCAUUCCAUACGUUACUCCUCGAGAAGGAUCAGUCCAUACAAAAGUACGUGGAUCUGCUGCAAACGGAGAGGGAACAAAGCCAGGAGCUGGUCACCAAGCACACAGCAGAGAUUGAAACCCUCAAGGCAACCAUAAACAACUUGAAUUUCAACAUUAAAACCAAAGAUCUGGAAAUAUUGGAACUUAAAGCCAAACUGGAGGAGACCAAGCCAACUGGCGGCAUUACUGUCGACACUUCCACCAACGAGCUGAGUGACGAACGAAUUGAGGAAAUGUUUGAGCACGAUCGAAGUCCACUGCAGCAGGAACAGGAGGAGCUGGACGAAGAUUCGGUUGAGGCUGUCGCUGUGGAUGAAGAGGCAGCCGGCGAGCAGGAGAAACAGGAUACCGAAGAGCUAAAGGAGCUGCCCACGCUGCACAAGCAGAUCAAAGAACUGAAGGACAAACUGAGCUACUGCGAACAGAAUUUAAUCACGAGAGAAGAAGAGAUUGAUAUCCUAAAGGAAAAAUUAAAGCUCUGUCAGGAUCGGGAGAAAUGCAUGGAGAGCACAGGUAAUCCAGAGUUGGAGCAGCUACGAGUCUUCCUGGAGGAGAAGGACAAACACAUACGUGAUCUAAUGGACACGCUGAAGAACUUCCAUGACGAUCAACAGCGUUAUAUCAACGAUACUUCCAACUAUUCGGCGGAUCAGAUUGCCAAGCUGGCUGCGGAUCUCAAUCGCACCGAGGCCACCAACAAGAUCUAUCACACCCAAAUGGAGGCACUGCGUCGCCAGGUGGCCAAUGUCACCCAACGCGAGAAGCAAGCGAGGGAUUUAAGUCAAUCCCUGCGCCAGCAGCUGCUCAAGCGUCCCGUUGUUUCCAUCAAAACGGAGCUGAAUGCGCGCGUCAAGAACGAGAAUCUGCAGAAGCGCAUUCACCAGCUGGAGCUGGAUCUAGAGGAUUCACGGGCUCAGUUGCAGCGACAGCAGACGCUGCUGGAAGCGAAACGGACACGCAGCGCCAACGAGGUGGGUCUCUGGGAGAAGCAGAAGCGCUUCCAGCAGCAGGCAGAGAAGUUCAAGGCACGGCUGGAGGAGUCAGAGUUAGCGCUGGAGAAGACGCGUACGCUGCUCCAGGCGGCACGGACAACGAUAGCCCGUCUCGAGAAGGACAAGCAGCUGCUGGAGUCCAAGCUGGGCAGAGCAGGAGCAGCGGGAGGUGGCCGCGGAGGAGGAGGAGGAGAAGCAGGCAGUGGUUCAUCGACGACAGCUGCAGCUGGUCAUCAAAGUCAUCACAGUUCAUUGAAAUGCUGUCGUGUGCCAUCCUGCCCCAACUUGCAGCAUGUGGGCGGGCCAAAGUUUACACCGUCGCCAUCGGAGAGUCCGGAAACGUAUACGACGGGUCCGAGCAGCGAGUGUAGCUCGCCGGCCCACAACCAAUCCCAGCCGACUGGCGAUCACCUCAGUUUCUAUGAGCAGGGCCACUCGGAGCUGAUUGAUGCGCUCAAGGCGCGCAUUGAGAUGCAACAGCGCAAGAUUAUUGCCAUGGAGCUGGAGGGGCGUGGCAGCAAUGCGCUGACCACCGAACUGGAGAAGCUACAGGAACGCUGCCAGGCGGUCGAGGCCCAAAACAUCCGACUGGAGGCGCGCAAUUUGCAGCUGCAGCUGGACACGGAUCUGCUGCGGCAGAGCGACAGCAGCGAUCGUCUGAAGAAGCGCAUUAAACAUCUCGAGGACUAUAUCAUUGCGCUCAAGGAGGAAAUGGCACGCACCGAGUUGCGUCGCGAGCUGUGCAAGUGCAGCGGCCUGAAGGUGAACACGCAUCAGGGUCAGUCCGCGGAGCACACGAUUCUCUCGUUGCGGAAUCUGGUGGAGAAACUGCGCUCGGAGAACAAGUUCCUCAAGGAUGGCCGACACUCCACAGAGUCGCGCAGCUCCGCGGAUUCGAUACCCAUACCAGCAGAACUGGCCCGUCUGCAGCAGCUGCAUGGCGAUGCCCUCAAUAAAAUUGCUGCACUGCAGCAGGAGCUGAAGCAGCGCAGCGGAGGUGGCAAGGACGAGGAGCUGAAAUAUAUCAAGGAGCAGCUGUCGAAGAAGACGCAAUUGUUGCAAAAGGCAAAAGUGCUUUUAACCCGCGCCGCCGCCAAGGAAAAGGUGCUGCGAGAACAGCUCGCCGUUUGGAAGCGCAAAUGCUCGGAGCUGCAGAAUGUGCCCGUGAUCGAUGAGAUUAGCGAAUAAUCUUAGUAGUAAUCUAAAUGUUGUAUAGAAUAAAAAAAAAAGCGGACGCUUAUCGUUAGUAAAGAUGUCUUAGGCUGAAAAGGUUGAAAGGCCUUAACUCUUACUCUUACCUAUUCGAUUGUACGCUGCAUUUGGCUUACAAAAUUGUGAUUUCAUUUUUUUUUUGUAUU